AUGCCAGCCGCUGUCGGUGACAGAGUUCGCUUGCGAAACUACCGCUACAAGGCGGAAGGGACCGUCCGUUUCCUGGGCGACCUUCCCGGAGAAGGGAGCUUAGCCGGCGUUGAGCUUGACUUACCUAUCGGGAAGAACGAUGGCGAACGUGAUGGAGUGAGAUACUUUUCAUGCCAGCCAGGUCAUGGAAUUUUCAUUCGGCAGGACUGGCUGAUCAAGCUGGGUGAGGAGGAAAGCCAAGGCCCUUCUCGGCUCCAGCGGAGCAAGACCGAUGGCUUCAUGGAGACUGAUGCAGCCAUCGCAGAGCUGCAGAGGGCGCUGAGUGAGGUGAACGCACGCAUCGGGGUUGUCGAGUCCGACCAGAACAAGCAAAAGAUUCACGAGCUGGAGAUGCGUGUUGCAAGUCUUGAGGCAAAGAGGUUGGGCCAGAGCCAGGACACAGUUUUCAAAGAUGCGUUAUCGCAGAAUCACGAGAUGAAAGCUUCGGCAACGGGCGCUGCUCCUGUGCUGACAAAAUGCACGGACAGUGAGGCUCGCAUCAACCAGCCUGGAGGACACGUGCAACUGCUGCAGGAUCCUUCUGCUCGAAAUGUGGAACAUGUGGAUAAGGGGGGGGUUCCCACUGGCUGUGACGGCACGCAUCAGCAGCCUGCAGAGCCAGGUGCGUGCGGAGCAUACGAGGAUGCGGAUAGGAAAAAGACCCCUCCUCUCGUGUGUGACGACGUGCAAACUUCGCAGCAAAGGCUGCAAGUUUCCAACCAUAUUGGAGAUAGCCUGAAGUUCAUUGGCAGAUUGGAGAAAAGCAUUUCGAGCUUGAACAGGCAACAUACCGGACUAAGUGGAGAGACAUGGUCCUUGAAGGAGACUGUACAGAAGCUGCAGGCCCACGUGCAAGAUCUAUCCGACAAGUACGAUGCUACACAGCAAAGCCUGUCGAAGCUCCAGCGACAGAUCAAUGACAGCUUGGCCACUUCCCUCCAAAGGGAGAAUGCAACCCAAGAGCGUCUGCUAGAAGCUGAGGCGUCGCAGAAGCAGGUUCUUGAGGCUGCCACAGAGUCGCAGAAAAGUGUACUUUCAUUGACUCGUCGGGUUGGAGCAGUGGAGGUGACUCACAUGAAUGCUGAACGUGCUGCAGUAGUAGCAGCAGCUGAAACACGACAACUGCGGGAGCAGAUGAUGAUGCUGGGAGACACGUUGGGCUCGUCGGGCUUCGGCUCGAAAGAGAAUCUUUCGGAGCAUCAGGAGCGACCUGGCCUUGGCAGUCAAGUGAGGAGCAAAUCCAUUGACUCUGCUCUGAGCCACCAUGGCACUGCAUGCACAGCACAGGAUUCGUGCUUCUCGAGGUCGGAAGUUCGCUCCAGGCGAUCUCAGAGUGCAAAGGGCCGCCGGCUUGGUCGUGGCGUCAGCCGCGAGCUGCCCAUGCCGAAGCUGUUGCGCCACCACCUCAAGUCCCGGCUAGAGCGAACUGGGUCAGAGCACUCAUCAGAGCACUUCUUGUCGUUAGUCGUUCUUCUGCGACACGCCCCAGUGACUCGCUCAUUCUCGGUCCUUUCCAUCUACCUGGCUGAGCACGCGGUGAUUUCCUGCGCAUUGCUUUGGAACUUCAUGCGUUCCUGA